CAAGUCCAGACCCCAUCGCAUCGCUCCUCUGAUGACAUCCGCUCGCCGUCCUGAACGAUCCUGCCCCGUGCAGACAGCUGCGAUUCUCGCCCUCGCCCUGCUGGCUGCGGCGGCCGUCGUCCCGCUGGUCUCGGCCUCGUCCGGAGACCGAGAUCCGCUGUUCGGGAGCUGCCUUGCCCGCUGCCAGAGCAACGCAUGCCAGGGCCGCCCCCAGGCGCUCUCGACAAACGCCGUCCUGCGACUGACGCUCUGGAGCUGCGCCGACAACUGCAAGUACGAAUGCAUGCACCAACGCACGGACGAGCUGGCCGCGCUGGGCAUCUCGCCGCACCAAUACUAUGGCAAGUGGCCGUUCUAUCGGCUCAUGGGCCUGCAAGAGCCUGCGUCGGUGUUGUUCUCGCUGCUGAACCUGCACGGACACCUGGUCGGAUUCCGGAGGCUGCGGCGGCUGGUGCCAAGCUACUACCCGCUGCGGUCGCUGGUGCUGCUGAACUCGUUCCUGGGCAUCAACCUGUGGGUGUGGUCGAGCAUAUUCCACUCGCGCGACUUUCCGAUCACCGAGAAGCUCGACUACUACUCUGCGAUGGCAUCGUUCUUUUGCAACCUGGCGCUGACGGCGAUCCUGUGCUUCAACAUCCGCUCGCGCAUCGUGCAAAGAUGGAUCGUGUCGGUGCUUGCUGCGGGUUACCUGGGCCACAUCACCUAUCUCACCCUGCGGACGCCGUUCGACUAUCGCUUCAACACCAUCGUCGGGGUGGUCGUCGGCGUCGCCAACAAUGUGAUUCUGCUGCUCUGGGGCAUCCUCAACUGGACCCGGCGAGCGUCGUAUGCACGGCAUGUCGUGCUGAUGGUGUGCAUCAUCACAGGCGCCAUGACCCUGGAGAUCUUUGACUUUGCGCCGAUCCUGGGAGUGCUGGAUGCGCAUUCGCUGUGGCAUGCCUCGACGAUCCCGGUGGUGUGGCUGUGGUACCAUUUCAUCGACCACCACAUUGCUGCUGCAGAUGCGUCUCCGCUCAAGCGCUGAAUCGACAAACUCGAGCCGCACGGGAGAUACAGCAUAUCCAAAAUGAAAUGGGACACCCGUUUUGAGCCAUGACAGGGUUUUUUCUGUGACCUGAAUACACCCACCCACUCAUCGCACUCAUGGCCAAACAC